AUGCGGGCUGUCGCGGUGCUGUGCGCGCUGCUGUGCGCGCACGUGCGCGCGCUGGACCCGGACCUGCGCGCGCCGGUACCGGACCUGGACCCGGACCGGGACCCGGGGAAGGACCCGGGGAAGGACCCGGAGUCCCCGCUGCUGCGGCCCAAGGUGCUGGUGGCCGUGGUGGCCCGGAACGCGGCGCACAGCCUGCAUCACUACCUGGGCUGCAUCGAGAGGCUGGACUACCCCAAAGACCGCCUAGCCAUCUGGAAGAUGCGGGCUGUCGCGGUGCUGUGCGCGCUGCUGUGCGCGCACGUGCGCGCGCUGGACCCGGACCUGCGCGCGCAGUUACCGGACCCGGACCCGGACCGGGACCCGGGGAAGGACCCGGAGUCCCCGCUGCUGCGGGCCAAGGUGCUGGUGGCCGUGGUGGCCCGGAACGCGGCGCACAGCCUGCAUCACUACCUGGGCUGCAUCGAGAGGCUGGACUACCCCAAGGACCGCCUAGCCAUCUGGUCCUACACGGACGAGUGGGGGCCGAAGCACUGGCCCCCGUCCCGGUUCGGCCACCUGAUGAAGCUCAGGCAGGCGGCGCUGAGGGCAGCCCGGGAACGCUGGGCCGACUACAUCCUGUUUGUUGACAGUGACAACCUGCUGACCAACCCUCGAGUCCUGGACCUGCUGAUGGCGGAGAACUUGACCCUGGUCGCCCCCAUGUUGGAGUCCCGCUCCCUAUACUCCAACUUCUGGUGUGGCAUCACCCCCCAGGGCUACUAUAAGCGGACCCCGGACUACCAGCCAAUCAGGGAGUGGAAGCGGUUGGGAUGUUUCCCCGUUCCCAUGGUGCACAGCACCUUCCUGCUGGACCUUCGGCGGGAGGCCAGCCGGGACCUGUUCUUCCACCCCCCCCACCCCGACUACAGCUGGGCCUUCGACGACAUCAUGGUGUUCGCCUUCUCCGCCCGCCAGGCCGUUUUUUUCCUCUUUACCCACCAGGUGAUCGAACAAGGUCUCCAGAAGGUUCUGCUUUUAGAGGACGACGUUAGGUUUGAGCCGCGGUUUAAGCGAAGGCUGCAGGCCAUUAUGGACGACAUCGAGCGGGUCCAGCUGGACUGGGACCUCAUAAGAACCAGGAUGUUGAAAACAAUGGCCGCUCUGGGCCUGCAGUCCACUCUGGUGGAGGCGGUGGAUGGAAAGGCCCUGAACUCGUCCCAGCUCCAGGCCCUGGGGAUUGAGAUGAUCCCGGGCUAUAAAGACCCCUACUCGGGUCGGGUGCUCACCAGGGGGGAGAUCGGGUGCUUCCUCAGCCACCACUCCAUAUGGAAAAAGGUGAUCGAACAAGGUCUCCAGAAGGUUCUGCUUUUAGAGGACGAUGUCCGGUUUGAGCCGCGGUUUAAGCGAAGGCUGCAGGCCAUUAUGGACGACAUCGAGCGGGUCCAGCUGGACUGGGACCUCAUCUACGUGGGGCGGAAGCGUAUGCAGGUUCAGCAGCCCGAACAGUCCGUGGAGGGCGUGAACAACCUGGGCGUGAACAACCUGGUGGAGGCCGAUUAUUCCUACUGGACUCUGGCCUACGCUCUCUCUCAGCGGGGGGCAAAAAAGCUGCUGGACGCUCAGCCUUUCUCCAAGAUGCUGCCGGUGGACGAGUUCCUGCCCAUCAUGUUCAACAAACACCCAAAUGUGCAGUACAUGUCCCACUUCCCGCGGCGGGACCUGCGGGCCUUCUCGGUGGAGCCGCUGCUCAUCUACCCCACGCACUACACGGGCGAGCCGGGCUACGUCAGCGACACGGAGACCUCCACCAUCUGGGACGACGAGGCCACGCCCACCGACUGGGACCGGAAACACGCCCGAAAAACGGCCCAGCAGGGCCGCAUCCGCCCGCUGGCCCAGAACAGCGUGGGCGGGGAGUCGCCCCCGCCCGCCGCCCGCGGAUCAAGGGACGAACUCUGA